AAGACUACUAUUACAUGCGAUACUUUUUUCUUAUUUCUUGCCAUCAUCGGUUUUACAAUUAACAUGUAAAUUCGCCUUUGGAGCUAUCAUUUCCGAGCUGCACGGAUAAUGGGACAGCCGGAUAAUCGACGCUCCACUGUAAUUAGGUAGUCCUAAUGGAAGGAUACUAUAGAAAAUUACUUUUCAAUUCUGCUUUGCUUCGAUCGACAACACACGACUGAUUCAACACCUGAUUGUACCAUAUUAUGAGAUGGGCGCUUUACUUUGCCUGUCACUGUUUUGGAUUUGCUGUAGCGGGAAACAAAACUGAUAGUAAAAAGGUUUCGUCUCAAUUCAAACUGAUAAUGAUGAAAGCAACUAUCCUUGUAUUGUUGUUGUCCAAGUUGUAUAUGUUAGCAUCGUUUCGCGUCUAUAUGGAAGCAGUGAUCAAGUUUCUUGCCAUAUGACAUCAUAUUCAGCAGACCACAGCUUUAUAAAAUACAACAUUUUUGUUAAGUCGUAACUGGUUUCCUCGUCGAUUGUACAUAUCAGGGGACAUUGUUAAUAUUUCGUGAUUUAUGUUCCAUUUUUUUAUUCUCGCGUAUAUCUUUUUGAUUCAUUUGGUUAUGAAUGGAUUUCAUACAUGGAAAGUAGCGUCAGAUCAUCUACACAUCUCCAGUACAUUGUUGCAAUGUUUACUGCAUUUCUCGAAUCAGCAAUAAUGUAUGGAUGGCGAUCCGUAAUAAAAGCAAGCUGAAGCAUAAACUAAACCAUUUCUUUGGAUUGCGUUUCGUAAACAUGAAAUGGUCGAACGACAAACGCAAAGUAUAAUUAAAAGAUGCUGUACACAUACCAGAAUGCUUAUCUGAGUUUUUUUUGUAAACUGAGACAACUAAUACACACAAACCAACGUGAGACUUCCUUAGCAAAUGCCGUCUUAUUUCAAACAUACGAUGGCACGAAAGCGGCUCAGAAAUGAUCAUUUCAGUCAGUAUGUUUCAUAAGGCGCAAGUGGAAAGUGUCGACAGUACUAUACAUGCAACGAUUGCAAAUCCCAGCAUGACUAAUGCCAAGGAAGAAUUUGAAAAAUUGGUGCGUGAACACUGGUCUUAUCAACUGGUGCGUGAAUUAGCUGAUGCAAAAUUACAUUUGAAUAGUACGAGCAAAUCUAUCGCAAUAAGGGAUCUACAUCCUAAGGCUCGCAUUCAUUUUAUGGUGCUACCAAGAAAGGCAAUCGAUACGCUACAUGAGGUAGCUCACAAUCGAAGAUAUCGACCUUCUGGAGGACAUGUAUCAGCUCGGGAUACGCGUGAUUAAGGAUAUGGGACUGAAUGAGGCGCAGUUCAACUUUGGAUACCACUUGAAACCGCACAUGAAACGAUUGCAUUUGCAUGUAAUUUCGAACGAUUUCGAUUCACCGAGCCUAAAAAGAAGACAUCACUGGACGAUUUUCAAUUCCGAGAUAUUCCGCUCCCAUGAAGCGGUAUUGAAGGAACUAAUGCAAUACGGCAAAAUCGUAGAACGUUCGGAUGCUUACAUUCAAUCAUUACGCGAAGGCCCACUAAAGUGUAACGUUUGUGUUUUUCAAACAGACCAUCUUUACGCCAUGAAAAAACACAUCACCAUGCAUUUAUUAUAUAGGUAGAACUCGGUCAUUUUGAGCCGUUUACCCGUUUUUUAACGAAUAUUUGUGUGGAUUAGUGUAACUAUUCGUCAUCGAUGUACGAAGCAAGCGUAUUCUCUCGCUAACGAUUAAAAAGCGAGCCUCUGCACAUUUUCAUCAAAUGCA